UCGGGUCUCAGGAGCCUCGGGAGCCUGGAGGCGGCAGCGCGAGAAGCUCGCGGAAACCUGACGGCUUCUUCCUCUUCUCCCUUCUCGCCGUGGAGCUGACGGUCAUGUGAAGGACUCCCCCUCCGCUUUUUAACACUUAUUCGGAUUCGUUUUGCUAAAGCCCUUUAUCUGGAGCAAACGCUCGAAAGACUUUGUGCCUUUUCAAGUGGUUCUUUGAACGGACUGACAUCAGCCUCGAGCAUGCGGGAAUAGCGGCGAUCGGAGCGCGGAGCCUCUCACGCUGUUCCAGCCACAUUGAUAUCUUUAUGUAAAUAUAAACAGACUCUUGUUUUUUUGACCUCCGCGAUGAGCAUGGAUGGUUGCCCGCUGAAGGUGGCGAUUUUUCUGUGGUGCACGCUGGUCAUUUCUGGCUCCGGCUUCGAGAUCGGCUCGUACGAGCUGGAGCGAGAAAGACCGGCCAAGUGCGAGCCCAUCACCAUCCCCAUGUGCGAGGGCAUCGGCUACAACCUGACGCGCAUGCCCAACUUCAUGGACCACGACGAUCAGAAGGAGGCUGCCAUCAAGCUGAAUGAGUUUGCCCCUCUGGUAGCUUACGGCUGUGACGUGCACCUCCGCUUCUUUCUGUGCUCGCUUUACGCGCCCAUGUGCACCGACAAAGUAUCCACCUCCAUCCCCGCCUGCAGACCAAUGUGCGAGCAGGCGCGGGAGAGGUGCGCCCCCAUCAUGAAGAAAUUCAGCUACACCUGGCCCGACUCGCUGGACUGCUCCAGGCUGCCCACCAGGAACGACCCCAACGCCCUGUGCAUGGAGGCCCCCGAGAACGAGACCAGAAGCGAGGGCAAGAAAGGUGAGGGCAUGCUCCCCGUACCCCCUCGCCCCCGACAGGCAGGCGCAAGCGGCGGGCGCUCCCCCGCCGGUGGCGGCUCCUGCGAAAACCCCGACAAGUACCAGUUUGUGGAGAAGAGUCAGUCGUGUGCGCCGCGCUGCUCACCUGCCGUGGAUGUGUUCUGGUCUCGGCAGGACAAAGACUUUGCCUUCAUUUGGAUGACCGUGUGGUCUAUCUUGUGCUUCGCGUCCACCGCUUUCACUGUGCUCACCUUCCUCCUGGAACCGCACCGCUUCCAGUACCCGGAGAGGCCCAUCAUUUUCCUCUCAAUGUGCUACAACGUCUACUCGGUGGCCUUCAUCAUCCGCUCCGCGGCAGGCGCCGAGAACAUCGCUUGUGACCGGGAGCACGGCGAGCUGUACAUCAUUCAGGAAGGGCUGGAGUCCACGGGCUGCACCAUCGUCUUCCUCAUCCUCUACUACUUCGGCAUGGCCUCCUCCAUCUGGUGGGUCAUCCUCACCCUCACCUGGUUUCUGGCCGCGGGGAAGAAGUGGGGCCACGAGGCCAUCGAGGCCCACAGCAACUACUUUCACAUGGCGGCGUGGGGCAUCCCGGCUUUAAAGACCAUUGUCAUCCUCACCAUGAGGAAGGUGGCCGGAGAUGAGCUGACGGGCUUGUGCUACGUGGGCAGCAUGGAUUCGGGGGCGCUCACCGGAUUCGUCCUCAUCCCCCUCUCAUGUUACCUCGUCAUCGGCACGUCCUUCAUCCUCACCGGCUUCGUGGCGCUCUUCCACAUCCGCAAGGUGAUGAAAACCGAGGGCACCAACACCGAGAAGUUGGAGAAGCUGAUGGUGAAAAUCGGCAUGUACUCCAUCCUGUACACGGUGCCCGCAACGUGCGUCAUCGUCUGCUAUUUCUACGAGAGGCUCAACAUGGACUACUGGAAGCUGAGAGGCCUGCAGGCCACGUGCGGCUCCUUCAACGGCCACGGUGGCGACUGCUCCCUGCGGGCGUCCGUGCCCACCGUGGCCGUCUUCAUGCUGAAGAUCUUCAUGUCCCUGGUGGUGGGCAUCACCAGCGGCGUGUGGGUGUGGAGCUCCAAGACCUUGCAGACGUGGCAGAGUCUGUGCAGCAGGAGGCUGGCGGACAGGACUAGCGGCAGGAAGCCCUGCAGCGGGGUCGGCUGCAGCAGCUCCCACUGCCAUUACAAAUCGCCCGCCGCCGUUCUGCACGUGGCCAUGCACCCCGACGGUCCCGCUCACGUCUGAGACUCUUUACAAACAUGCUGGAGCUGCUAAAAAUCACAAUCCUGGGAUGAAUGAUGGAUGUAGGGUGGCGAUUUGGGUCAAGAUGGUCCACUACCAGGAUCCAGAGCAAAAAGGGACAAGUUUGCUAUUAUUAGAUUGCAAAAAAAGAAGAAAAAAAAAACAAACAAUACCUUACAAAGAAUAUUUGUCUCAUUUCGAGCCACAACUAAUCAGAACAAGACUCAUCCCAUAAAAAGUAACUUGUUUUUAGACAAGCUUCACUUGUCUCAAGCUAUUUCUCAUUUGAAACAGCUAAAUGAUAAGACAUAAAUCAAUCCUAUUUCAGGUAACAGCAAUUUGAUAAAAAUACGAGUUACUUUUUCCAGGAAAUGAGUUUUAUUUGAAGUGUAAGCAGGUUAGUUUCGAAACCUGACUACAAAUAUUCUUGGUAAGAUCUUGAGUUUUUGCUGCGUAGCCAUGUUGUUCUGCGGAGUUUCCUUCUACGGAGCGGCGCAAUUAGUUGUAUAAAUCUGUAUAAAUGUUUAUUUAUUGUAAAUAUAUUUAAUUUAAGUUCAUCUUUGCUCUCAGCAGAUGUGUUUGGAUGCAUUUAUUAAAGAGAGAUGAAGUGCCUUUUAUCGCUACACUGGCUCUUCACUUUUUAUUUUUGGAUGACAAUAAAUUU